AUGAUAAAUCCCGAAAGCGAGGUAGGAUCGGAUAAUGCAGCUUCGGAUGAUCGUCAAUCAAAGAGUAUUCUGACACAAGAGGUCUCCACUAAGCAACCUUUUAUUAUUGGUGUUGCUGGAGGAACUGCCUCGGGUAAAACAACUGUUUGUAAUGUGAUUAUCUCGCAGCUUCGUGAUCAACGGGUUGUUCUUCUCAAUCAAGACUCAUUUUAUCACCCACUGACUGAUGAACAAAUGAAGAAAGUACAUGAGUACAACUUUGAUCAUCCAGAUGCCUUUGAUGUGGAGCUCCUACUCUCUUGUACUGAAACAUUAAAGAGUGGAAAGGCAGUUAGCAUCCCAAAUUAUGAUUACAAGAGGCAUAAGAACGUUGAACCAUCACGGAUGGUUAACCCCUCCGAUGUCAUCAUUAUAGAAGGCAUUUUGGUUCUUCAUGAUCACCGUGUACGUGACCUCAUGAGCAUGAAAAUAUUCGUUGAUACAGAUUCUGAUUUGCGCCUUGCAAGAAGAAUUCAGCGAGACACUGUCAAUAGGGAGAGAGAUAUUCAGUAUGUACUUGAUCAAUACGCUAAAUUUGUAAAGCCUAGUUUCGAAGAAUUUAUACUUCCAUCAAAGAAAUAUGCAGAUAUCAUCAUUCCUCGGGGAGCAGAUAAUGAUGUUGCAAUCGACCUGAUAGUACAACAUAUUUUUACUAAGCUUGGACAACACAAUCUAUGUCAAAUUUAUACAAAUCUUUUCGUCAUACAGUCAACAAAUCAGAUACGAGGGAUGCACACACUCGUCCGUGAUGUUAGAACAACAAAUCAUGACUUCGUCUUCUAUGCAGAUCGGCUGAUUCGCUUGGUUGUCGAGCAUGGUCUAGGCCACCUACCAUUUACUGAAAAGCAGAUUAAAACUCCUACUGGAUCAAUAUAUACCGGAGUUGUUUUCAAUAAAAGGCUGUGUGGAGUCUCAGUUGUCAGAAGUGGUGAAAGUAUGGAGAAUGCCUUAAGAGCAUGUUGCAAGGGGAUUAAAAUUGGAAAAAUCCUCAUCCAUGGUGCAGGCACCAAUGGCAGACAGUUGAUCUAUGAGAAGCUUCCAGCAGAUAUUUCUAGCCGCCAAGUGCUACUACUUGAUCCAGUUCUUGCUUCAGGAAACUCUGCUGUCAAAGCAAUUUCUCUACUACUCACUAAAGGUGUACCAGAAUCUAAUAUCAUUUUCCUUAACCUAAUAGCAGCCCCUGAAGGAGUACAUACCGUUUGCAAGAAAUUCCCAAGGCUAAAGAUUGUGACAUCAGAAAUUGAUUCAUCACUAAAUGAAGAUUCAAGUGUAAUCCCAGGCAUGGGAGAAUUUGGAGAUCGCUACUUUGGAACUGAUAAUGAUCCCGGUUCUCUUUUACGCCAAAGUAGCAGAUAACUGCAAAACAAAAAAAAUGCACAAUGAACCCUUCCAGAAAAUGUUUAUACAUAUGUUCUUGGUUAUAGGUCCAAGAGUUAUAUCUGUUACCUGGCAAGCUGUUGUUGCUGCUUGUGGUGUUCCUGUGAUCUAUGGAGGACGGAAGUCUUGUCAAAGAAAUUUGCAGAGAAAUCCCAGAUUCCGGAUUCAGUUAGCAAGUUUAAAUGAGUGUCUGUAGAACAAAAAUAAAGCUUUUGAGGUUGGGAGUUGAGCGUAGUAGUAAAGGCACUCCUCCACCCGUGACUGGGUUCAGAUUCUCACUAUACUGAUUCCCCUGUACUAACAAAAGUAUGUAACUUAUCAUAAGAAUAAUAAAACAAGUAAGCUUUCUGUUUCA